AUGGCUGGAACGCAUGUAGCAUUUGACAUGGAUGAUACUGGUGCAGUCGGGAAUGAGUCGGCUGGUCCUAAAAAUGGUGCAGCAGCUGCUGCUGGGCAUGAUCAUGAUGAUACACAAGCAGGUGCGGGCCCAGGCGGUGCUGCCAUUAAAGCAGCUGACGCAGUUGCUGUGUUAAAUUUUCCUGCAGUUGGUGCCUUGGUGGUCACGGCUGAUGCACUAAAGCAUGGUGAUGCAGCAGCUGUUGCUUUUGAUGCACCUGCACUGGCUGAGACAGCUGCAUGUGAUACAGCUGGUGCUGGCGCUGAAGCUCCUGGGGCAGCACCACGUGAAGCUCCUGGGCCUUUGAUCAGCGUUAAAAAUCCAAGGAAAAAGAAGAAAGCAGCUGAUGCCGCAAAUUUGAUAUCGAAGCAAGGUGCUGAUGCAGCAGCUGUUGAGCUUUACGCAACUGCACUAACCGUGGCAGCCACUACACCGUUAGGGGCUGUGGCAGGUGCUGACUUUGCACAUAAUCCGAGUCCCAAUCAUGCAGGAUCAGUUCAGCAUAUUGGUGAUGAUGCAUUAAGCACCAAUUCACGGGUGCAUGGGAAAGAUGGAGAUGGUUCUCCUGUGAUAGAACCAGCUACUGGGCUGGUCGGUGCAUUGGAAGAAGCAGCUGAUGCAGCUGCGGUUGUAACUUUAAUGACCGCCUCGGUGAAAGAAGAUCUUCAUGAUGCAUCUGGUGCCUUGCUGGUCACGGAUGCUGCAUUCGCCCCAGCUGCUGAUCCAGCUGCUUCACAAUCAGCUACUGAUGCAGCCGAGAUGGAAGCACUUAAUGCUAGUUGGAUCAAGUACUUUCAAGCUCGUGACGCUGCAAAAGGAAGAACAGCUGGCUUAAAAGCUGCUCAGCUAUGGCACAAAGCUAUUGAGGCUGAUGCUGCAUAUGUGGAGCGCCAAAAUAACUCAGCUGCGACAGAGGCUGGCAGUCAUGCUAGUGCCUCAACAAAAUCUGCAAACAGGGUCAAGGGGGUUGCAACAGUCACGAGUAGUGUUGGAACAGCAACAGAAAUUAAAAGCACCCCCCGGGCAAGCCCAAGCAAACCUGUGCUGAUUAUCAGCUAA